UAACAGCACUGCUGACGUAAGAAAUUUUCACAGAUUGGUGACACAAUUUGUAUAGCUUGACUGCGCAGUAGUUUGAAUCAGGCAGCAAAGUUUAUCAGGUUGCGGCGAAGUCAACAGAGAAAAUGUUACUGGUCAUAGCCUGCAUGUUAAGCGCAGCUUUUAAUGGCGCUGUGGGUGAACCAUAUGCUCCAACUAAUGCCUUUCGUGAGCCAGUGGCGCAUGCGCUAUACGAUUUUGGAAUGGACAUGUACAACCAACUAGAACCGUCAUGGCGUCCAACCGAAAAUAUUGUUAUUUCUCCAAUGUCAAUGUACGCCAUUCUCUCGAUUCUUUUACCAGGACUGAACGGGGCAUCGCAUGACCAAGUAUACAACGCCCUACGGAUGACAAACCUGCCUAGAAACGGGGUGGACGCCGAAUCAGCGAUGUGUAGCAAGAUAUUCCAAAUAAAUCCAAACUACGACCUGACGCGAGCGAACCGAAUAUUCGGCGACCGAACUUUGACGUUCAAGAAAUCGUACAAGAAUGAAACGUCAUGGCAUCACAAAGCGGCGCACAAGAAAGUCGACUUCCAACACUACCCAAAUAGAGCGCGGCGUAAAAUGAAUCGUUACGUUUCUAAGAUGACUGACGGUGAAAUACAACAGUUGAUUCCUAGAGAAGCCGUCACUACAGAUACCAGGAUAUUCCUAGUCAACGCCAUUGCAUUUAAAGCGGCAUGGAAAUCCUCAUUCAUAAAAGACGCAACAACUUUAACAAACUUCCAUGUCUCACCCACUAAAGUUAAACAAGCUGCAACCAUGUACACGUCAUCCGCUGUGUGCUUUCACCAGUCGCACGACGCUCAAUUGGAAUCUGACCUUAUAGUACUUCCAUUUAAAGGCGCCAAAACAACCAUGGUUUUUAUCGUGCCCAUUGUCGCUGGGAACUUCGGCCCGCUAAAGGGCGCUGUAGGAGCGUCCAAAAUUAGUCAGGCGCUGGACAGAUAUUGGACCGGGUACAGGAACAUGCCGAUCCCGAUGCGCGUCUGUGAAGUACGGAUGCCUAAGUUUAAAAUAACCCACAGCGUUGACGACCUAAUGGGGGCAAUGCGGGCAAUGAAUGUGACGGAUAUAUUCUCGACCGAGGCCGACUUUUCGCCUAUGACGCCAGAGCUUGUAUACGUCACAGACAUGCGUCACAAGGCCGUCAUAAAAGUGAACGAGCAAGGCGUGAAGGCAACAGCAGCGACAUCUAUCGGACUCACUGGUCGUUCUCUGCCAAUAAGAGUUGAAAUUAACCGACCCUUUAUGUAUAUGAUACGACACGAGCCGACAGGUGCUCUAUUAUUCCUCGGGCGAGUGGUUGAUCCGACAAAAUAACUCACCUAACCACCAUGCAUGUACAUUUAUCAUUGCGUAACACCCCGCUCUAUAUAACGUAUUAAUUAUAUUGCCCACUUCCGUUUCCACCCGCAUAACGUUGCAGGGUACUCAGCGUUUCAACAGCGUGCCUGCCGCGUGAAGUUCCCACUUCACGAAUGAUAAAUCGUCCUCGCCACGCUAAGCUUCGCUUCCUGCAACUACUUUCGCGUGAUUGAUGCGACAGGGUUGCGACCGGGCUUAGUUUACAAGAGGUUGGGGUAUUGUGGGAGGUUUAUGAAGUCUCUUUGUACGCGAAUAUGAGCGUACUGUGUUGCUUUGCCUUUGCGCAAUUUCGAUUGAUUGGUAAUACAAAUUCAUGCUGUACAGUA